AUGUGUGACCAGCAGAAGCAGGUGCAGUUCCCUCCAUCUUGUGUGAAAGGUUCAGGACUGGGGGCUGCGCAAAGUACCUCAGUUACCUCUGUGGGUGGCCCAGCUUCAUGCCAAACUCAAACCUGCGUGACAUGCCCAGCUCCGUGCCCGACUCAAACCUAUGUGGCAUACCCAGCUCCAUGCCAGACAACCUAUGUGAAAUAUGUAGCUCCAUGCCCGACUCAAACCUAUGUGGCAUGCCCAGCUCCAUGCCAGACAACCUAUGUGAAAUGCCCAGCUCCAUGCCCGACUCAAACCUAUGUGAAGUGUGUAACUCCUUGCCAGACAUAUGUGAAGUGCCCAGCUCCGUGCCAGACAACCAGUGUGAAAUGCCCAGCUCCGUGCCAGACAACCACCGUGAAAUGCCCAGCUCCGUGCCAGACAACCAGUGUGAAAUGCCCAGCUCCAUGCCAGACAACCAGCACAUAUGUCCAGUACCCUUCUUCCCAGACCUACUAUGUUCAGUCUUCUGCAGGUGGCUCAGCCGCCCAGUCCUGUGUCCCUGAUCCAUGCUCUGCUCCCUGUUCCAUCAGCUACUGCUGUCUGGCUCCCCGGACCUUCGGGGUGAGUCCCCUGAGACGCUGGGUCGUACGGCCUCAAGACUGCAAUUCAGGAUCAUCUGGCUGCUGUGAGAAUUCUGGUUGCUGUAGCUCCGGGUGCUGUAGCUCCGGGUGCUGUAGCUCCGGGUGCGGCUGCUGCUCUGGGUGCCAUUGUUUGGGAAUUAUUCCCAUGAGAUCCCGAGGUCCUGCAUGCUGUGAUCACGAGGAUGACUGCUGCUGUUAA